AUGGCGGAAUCCGAGGUUGCCAACGGCAACGCAUCCACGGAGGAGAUUGACGUGUCGGAGCGCGUAAGAGACGACUCGGAGAAGAAGACGAUAGAGAUGGUUGCGGACAAGGGAGCCGAGAUAGAAGAGGAAGAGAACAAGGGAGCCGAGAUAGAAGACGAGGAGAACAAAGGAGCCGAGAUAGAAGAUGAGGAGAACGAAGGAGCCGAGAUCGAAGCGGAGAAGGACGAGAACGACGAGUCCAUUGUCGAGGUAGAAGACUUCGUGGAACUUGAGUGUCUGGAGACAGAGUCGAAAAUCGGAAAGGAGAUUGAGAAGCCGAGGUGCUUGAUGGAGACCGACAUGGAGGAGACCGCGAAUCCGAGUUUUGUGUUGAUAACCGUGAUGGGGGAGAUCCCGGCAAAAUCACCGAGUUCAUGUUUUGGAAGAGACUUCGACCCCGGCGUGACGAGGUCGACGUCGGCGACCGGCAUAGGUCGCUGGUCCGAGAUGCCAUUGAGGAGGUGCGAGGAAGACGGCAAUGAAGGAGCCGAGAACGGCGAAAAAAUGGAAGGAAAUAAAAUUGUGAAAGCAACUGAUGAAGUGGCGAAUGAAACUGAGAAGAAUUUGGGUGACGAGAAACUUGCAGCGAUCCUACAAGUUGGUAUCAGAGCUUGGGCUAUGGAGGAAAAGAACGAGAUGGAAGUGCCACUCUUCCAUGGAGAUAAGGAUGAAGCAUUAGAUUGGCUUCUCUGUUUGAAGGAACAUUUUCGGAAAGAAAAAAACCUGGACGGAGGACAAAUGGCAUGUGGCCAUGAGAAGACUCAGAGGAAGCGCAAUCAAAUGGUUCCGUACAUUGAACUGCCGCGACUUUAA